GUCUUGUGGCAAUUAGUCAUUUUAAGCUAAUUAUUUUUACCUUGUUCCAUUGGCUAGAAUACCAUUUCACAUACACAAAGGUUAAAUGAAAAAUAUGAUUAGCCAGUUUGGUCAAGCAUGUAGAGGUAUAUCUUAAGGUUAAUGUGCUUAGCUCUUAUCCUGCUUUCAGCUGUGGUCUCUCUGAUUUACGAGCUUCACUUAAUUAUCAGCUGCUUGCAAUAUCAGGCUGUGUUUGCAGUACACGUUUGGAGAUGUAUUUGAGACUAAGUAUGGAACAUGAGAGUGAAGAGAACCAAGUGGAUCUCUACAGAGGUUCAAUCACACAACUGUAUUUGGAGCAAUGCAAAUACACCAAAGCCACCCUCCCUUCUGAACAGGACUGGGUUUUUGACUAAAUAUUCAACAAGCUCUGUGCUGAAUGCUGAGAAUAAUUAAAUCAGGAUGUUAAUUUUCUUAGCCUUUAAAUGUUAAGAUAGAAGAUAACUAGGGAUUUUUGUUUGCACAUUUUUAUGACUGAAAUAACGUGUACAGUUUACAGGCAGUUUACCAAACUCCAUACCAUAUUUCUGUUUGAUUCAAGUCCCUUCUGGAGACAAGAGGAAUGACACUGCCUGAGGCUAUCCAAGAAGAGCAACAGAAGUCAUAAGUCAUAUACCCCAUUCCAGUAUUGUUAUGUGGUGAGUUCUGACGUCACAGCAGAAUAUACCUGACUGCCUCAGGACUUAAAGUAACUCGUAACAUUUUUGAAAACUAAGGCUUAACCAUGUGGGUAUGUUCUACAGAACACUAUAUAAGGUGGAUUAGCUCUUGAAUUUUUUCUGGCAUUCUCUACACCUGCAGAAGUACCUAUUGCAGCAACUUCUGUUAGCAAUAACACUCCCAAAACAUGUAGCUAGACAUCAGCAUUUUAAUGAACACUCGUAGCUGUAGCUGCAUAUUUUAAAAUUAUAUUUGUAAUUAUGUAGCAGAAAUUUAAAAAAAUAGAAUGUCUUUCGUGCUAUGUAAGGUGGGCUUAUUUUAAAGUAGCUAGAAAAGCUACUUCUUGAGUCGUGUGAUACUGCUUAAAUGAAUUAAAGCAAAUUCUAAAUCACCUGCUCAAAUUUCACUGACCUCUUAGUGCUUAGUAAAUAAUUAUAAUUUAUUAGUAGUAGCCCAAACACUUCAGUUUCUUAAACCAAUCACUUAAUAUAUGGUUGUAAAACAGCAUGUAAAAUAUUGCAUUACUAGCAAACUUUAAUUUUAAAUGGCUCUGGUGUUUUUAAUAAUUUAGUUGAAACUCUAAUUUUCUGGGAGAUGAAAUUAUCUCCUAACUGUGCUGUGAAAGUUUCUUACAGGCAUUUAUUUCACAUGAAUUAAAAUCAAAGUACUGAAUAAUGAAUUCACAUAUGACUGUUUAUUUAUAAAUGAAGAUAAAUAGCUCGAUAAUUAAACUUAAUUUUAACUUCACUAUAAUGUGUUUCCGAAUAUCAGAAUCAGAAACUAGGGAGUACUGUAAUUUAUUUUUCUAUGCAAGUUUGACACAAGAAAUAAAUAUUAAAUAUUUUUAAAAUAACUUCCAUUUUUUUAGAUAUUGUACAUUUAUUUUUAUAGGCUUUAAAAGUAGUAAAGUAGUGUUUUUACCAGUUAAACUGUGAAAUGCUCCUUUGAAUUUUAUGUAUUUUUAAAGUUGUUAAGAGAAAGUAAAAUACUUUUUUUUUGCAUUGGCUAAUAUUUAUUAUUGUGCUUAUUGCAUAAGCCACAUUUUUAAAGUCCAACUUGCACAGCAGUCAGAAAUGUCAAAAAGACCUCAGAUUCAUGUUUUUGUGGGAGCACCCCAUAUUCCAGGCCCACUGGAGGCGUUAGAGCAAAGUAGUUCAGCACCUACUGCUGAAAAAUGGAGAGAGCUGCACUAUUUGUGUGAUGCACAUGGCCUUUUUUCUGAAAAAGUCCAAGGUGCUGCUGAGCCCUCAGUGUUCCAGGCAGGAAACUCCACAGUCAGAGCAGUUCCUACAAGGGAUGGCAGCACUCAGCAGUCUGAACAGGGAAGGUCAGUGGCAGCAAAAGAAUGUUUGACAUCUCUUGUACCCGCGGCAGUAAGUUGUGCCAGCACACCUAAAGAGACCAAAAGUUUAACUUAUUCUGAUUGUCAGAUAUCUAAGGAUAGAUACACACCUGCAAAUGUAAAUCAGGCUGCAGAUCAACACCUUGCACAGAACUUUACAGAAUCGGCUGGACAAGGCAAACCAUCGCGUGGCUGCUGCUCAGACCUCACGGAGAGAAAAUCCGGUCGUUCGGAAGUGAACGGCGCCGACAUUUCCGAGUUGGUUGCCAGUACGAAGCAGAUCAGCAUAAAUCUGUCUGUGGGACUGCAGGCAGGUGGCAGAAGUGAUCAUCAUGAACGUCUAGGUCAAUAUCUGGAUAUGGUUUUCCGAAAAAGUCAAGGGUCAAAACCAGAAGCACCAAACGGUUGUUCGAGCUUUGCAGUGUCAACAGAUACUGAGUUUCGCAGCGUAGUGACAUCAAGUCAGAUGGCUGUUCUUGCACAGGAGCGGAGUGAGAUGCCGGAAAGAAUCAUAAAACUGUCAGAAACAGAAGCAGGCAAAAAACCUGAAGAAAGGCAGUAUGAUCACUUCCAAUUUGAUUCUGGUGUUGGAACGUGUACUAAUGUGGCUGAAAAUGAAUAUAAGGAAGACUAUACAAAUUCUCUUGAUCUUUUCAGUUCUGAGGAUGAUGGGAAAAAUGUUUGUUUUGAAGCUACGAAACAAGAAGGAAGUGCUCAGGAAAACAUAGGGAAAUUACAAGAAAUUGAAGUUCCUGAUGAGCCCUUGAUAAAUGAAAUCCAUAUUGAACCACUGAGCUCUGGAAUAUUGUGCUCUCAAGUAGACUGUUCUCAUAAGAACUCUUCUAAAAGACCCCGCAAAUGUGAAGAUUCCUUUCAUCUUUUUCACUCAGUGUUUAAAAGGCAGCUGGUAUCCAAGAGAGCUAAACUGAAUUCUUCUCUACCUGGUCCUGGUAUUAAAGUGGAUCAAGAGAGGAUGACAGAGUUCAAGAAACUUCAGAAGAAACUAUCAUCACUUAAGAAUUGCUGCUGCAAAAAUCAAAAGUACAAUAUUUUGGUCACAGUACUACAUCCUUCUCAUAUCAAAGAAAUACAAGUAAAGACUAGACCAAAAUCUCCAUGUAAAGUUCCUGUAGCGACAAUUGUUGUUAUUGACCAGUCAGAAACUGAGAGAAAGGUGGUGCUGUGGCGUGGUGCUGCAUUUUGGUCCCUCACUGUGUUUCCUGGGGAUGUUGUGCUGCUUACAGAUAUAAUAAUGUAUGAGAAUCUUUGGUGUGGAGAAAUCAUGCUUCAAUCUACAUUUACCAGCCAGUUACUGAAUCUGGGGAACUGCUCAACUCUCAAUCCAGAAGAAUUUUAUCCUUUAGGGGAUUAUGGUGUUCUCCAUGGCUUAUUGGCAUACAUAUCAUCAGAAUUUCCACACUUCAGAGACAUUCCACGAAGACAAGUUCAGAGACUGGAUAGUGUUCAGUACAUGCAGCUAGAUCAGCUCCAGCCAAACACAUUGGUGCACUCAAUCCUGAAAAUUAUCGACAUUGCUGUAUUAACAGAAUCUGUGUAUAGCUACAAAGGUGGCAGGCAAAGAAAAAUUAUUUUAACAGUAGAACAGAACAGAGAUCAACGCUAUAGGAUGGUUCUGUGGGGAGCAGGGGCUGCCUGGUGCCCUCAGCUUCAAAGGAAAAAAGAUCACAUAUGGGACUUCAAAUACCUUCUGGUCCAACGUAGUUCUGUCUCAGGUGACUUGGAACUGCACACAACUCCAUGGUCAUCCUGUGAGUGCUUGUUUGAUGAUGACAAAAGGGCAGUUGAAUUUAAAGAAAAGUUUCAGAAAAGCCAAACAUCCCUCAUGCAGUUGACAAAGCUCUCUGCACACUUGGAGGAAAAAUGCUCAGGAGUGAUUCAAGUGAAAGCCCAUAUCUUAGAAUUGAAGUUUACCAUUUCAACUGGUCAGUACAAGCAACUCAUCUUCUCUGCUGACACUUCACUGGAGUGUGUUUUGGCUUCUCUGCCUAUGAUUACAUAUUCAGGUUGUGCCAAAUGUGGUUUGGAACUGCAGGCAGAUGAGAACAUGAUCUACAAGCAAUGUAUUAGAUGUUUGCCAUACAACAAAGUAAAAACAUUCUACAGACCUGCUCUGAUGACAGUAGAAGAUGAAGGAUAUGAAAUUUAUGUUCAUGUCGUGUCUGAGUUGAUGGAAAAAAUCUUCCUCAAUAUUCCUGCAGACUGGCUGAACAGAUUACUAGUGCCCUCCUCAGAUAUAACCUACAGCACAGUAGUAGCAGAUCUGUGUCAUUCGCUGCUAACAGAUACAGAAGCAUCCUAUUUGUUGGAAAUCAGGAGCCAUUUUGUGCUAGAUGAGAACAGCUACCCUUUGCAAAAGGAUUUCCAUCUGCUAAAUUUUCAUCCUGAUCUUUGAAGUACUGACCUCUGCGGUAACUGAGUAACAAAGACCGUAAGAACACACAGAUGGUAAUCAGAAGAAAAACGAGUUAGGUGAAGGAGGCAAAUAUCUUAAAAAAAAUUACAAUAAAGGACUUUAUUCUUAACUUAUGAAAAAAGCAAAACCACCUAAAGGACUGAUAUGGAAUAUGUGCUAAUAGUAUAUACUGCUGCUGUAAUACUGGUGAAUUGUCAUAAAGUAUAUUUUUAUACCUGUAUUUUUAUCUUAAUAAACUCUUCCUGG